CACACACACACACACACACACAAGCACGCACACAGACAUGCACGCAUGCACACACCGCCUUACACCAUCGCUGGCCAGCAACAGCGUCUGCCGGCUGCAUCCUCCGCUGUGCAGCAUCGCGCCUCCUGCAUCCUGCUCUGCGGCGUCUCCCUCCCGACAUCCAAAACCCGCACAAGUCUGACGCGUCUCCAUUUGGAAUUUCUCACACUCCUUUUUUGUUUGUUUGGAGAGAAAAAAAACAUACCGCGGACAUGAUGAGAAAUAAAGAGCGACGAGGCGUGAAUAUCAGAGGCUUGUUGAAGAGGAACUGGCUGCUGAUUGCCACGAUUGUAGCUGUGCUGCUCGGGAUCAGUUUAGGCGUUGCGGUGAGAGAGUACGCUUCCCUCUCCAACCUUCACAAGCAGUACUUCGGCUUCCCAGGAGAGAUCCUCAUGAGAAUGCUGAAGCUUGUCAUCCUCCCACUCAUCAUUUCAAGCAUGAUAACAGGUGUUGCAGCCCUGGACUCUGAGGUAUCAGGAAGGAUAGGUCUGCGAGCUGUUAUUUAUUACUUCUCAACAACCAUCAUUGCAGUUAUUCUUGGGAUUAUUUUAGUGAUGACCAUCAAACCAGGAGUCUCUCAGACAGCGGAACACAUUGACAGAGCCGGCACCACGCCCAACAUCACAACAGUUGACACACUCUUGGACCUCCUCAGAAACAUGUUCCCCGAAAAUCUGGUGCAGGCUUGUUUUCAGCAGUACAAGACCAAGCGCCAAGAGCUGGAGCCUGCAACAGUUUCAGCCAACACCACCACCACAAUUCCACCUCUCGCCACUACUCUCAUGUCGGUAGUAGAGAACAUAACCAAGGAGUAUAAGAUCGUCGGGCAGUAUUCGGAUGGAAUCAACGUACUGGGCCUUAUCGUAUUCUGUGUUGCUUUUGGCCUUGUCAUUGGAAAGAUGGGCGAAAGGGGACGUAUCCUCUUGGAAUUCUUUGAUGCGCUAAACGAAGCAACCAUGAAACUGGUCCAGAUCAUUAUGUGCUACAUGCCAAUUGGGAUCCUGUUCCUAAUUGCAGCUAAGAUCAUUGAGGUAGAAGACUGGGAGAUCUUCAAGAAGAUGGGUCUUUAUAUGUUGACGGUGCUGAGUGGACUAGCUAUCCACGCCACCAUCUGUCUGCCACUGAUCUUCUUUGUUAUUGUGAGGAAGAACCCGUAUACAUUCACAUUGGGAAUGGCUCAGGCUCUGGUGACAGCACUCAUGAUCUCCUCCAGCUCUGCUACACUGCCUGUCACCUUCCGAUGUGCCGAGGAGAACAAUCGCAUUGACAAGCGUAUCACGCGUUUCGUCCUCCCAGUGGGUGCCACCAUCAACAUGGACGGGACCGCGCUCUAUGAGGCGGUGGCCGCCAUCUUCAUCGCCCAGCUGAACGACUACGCUCUGGAUGUGGGCCAGAUUGUUACUAUCAGUAUAACAGCAACAGUUGCCAGUAUUGGAGCAGCAGGAGUCCCUAAUGCUGGUCUCGUCACCAUGGUGAUAGUCUUAACCGCUGUUGGAUUACCUGCAAGUGAUGUCACUCUGAUAGUCGCUGUGGAUUGGCUGCUGGACCGCUUCCGUACUAUGAUCAACGUUCUUGGCGAUGCUUAUGGAGCAGGUAUUGUCCAGAAACUAUCCAAGCUGGAACUGGAGAGGAUGGACCUGACAUCGGAUGUUGACGUUGCCAACCCCUUCGCUCUGGAAGCCACUUUGGAUGACGAAGAGUGCGAGAAGAAAUCUUAUGUCAACGGAGGCUUCACCGUCGAUAAAACAGAUGCGAUCUCCUUCACCGAAACCUCUCAGUUCUAGCCCGUGGCCAGUUCCGAGGGACAGAGAAAGUGCCAUGCUGCUGCGGAUGUAAAACAGAAAACCUUCCAUCAUGUAUCAGCAUCAUGACAAGAGAAGAAAACAAUCCAACCAGACCCACCCGAGCUCUGACAUCAGCAAUAGCAGCCUACCUUAAGCUUAUCCAAGAUGAUCACCCUUCAUGUCGGACAUUUAGAACCACGACUAGUUUAAGUGCUUCCUUCUUACACUCAAAUUGUGCCAAGAUUUUUGAAAAGGUCUGUUUUCUUUUGUUCAAGGGUUUAUUUAAAAGAAGAGCUGUUAGUAUGUUUGCUUUGGAUGUUUCCCCAGUGUGCGUAUGGAAAAUGUAUAUAUCAACAAAUGUAAAAACAAAACAAUCUGAAUUUGAAGCUCCAUUCUCAAUUAAUUUGCUUUUUGAUUAGAACAUAAUGUCUGACUGAUUUUUGCGUAGCUAUUGAAAUUCUAUGUCCCAUAAUGUACUGCUUGUACUGUAUAUCUAUCUGUAUAUUUAAACUGUGCCAAACAUUUAAAGAGGUUUUUCACCAAGUCGCAUGAAGCAAUAUGUUAAAAAAAAAUACUAAUCACUGGCUGCAAAAUGAUUUUUAUAGCGACUUUACAGAGAAUGGAGAUUGUUAAGGAAGAUUUAUGAAGUCAUCAAACACUGUGAAACUUUGAACCAAAUCAAUAAAAGUCAUUGAUUUAUUGCAAGAUAUAAUGAUCAUUACAUUACAAAAAACACCAAAUUGUUCCUCCUUAACCAAGAUUACUUUUUAUUGUGAUGUUUAAGACCCGCUCUGAAUAAUCUGGGGGGACAUAACUUUGUUCUUUUACUGUCUGGUUACGUAAAAUGUUCAAAUGCUCUUAAACCAAUGGCUGAGCCUACACAUGUGGUUAGUUUUCACUACACUGAAUUUUGCAUCUUAUAGGUAUUUCUGCUUGAACAACAUAUGGAAACAGUACCAUUGAUAAAGAACAGUUUGACAUUUUCGUAAAUAUGCUCUGCUUUUUGGUCAAUAGUUUGAUGACAAGAUCAGUGACUAUUCUUUAAUGUUGAGGUAUUCCUUUGAUACAAGUAUGACACCCUGAAUGAAAGCUAGGCCAGCUUUUUCUGCAAUUCAACAGCAUUGUCAAAUUCAGAGCAUUGGUGUCAUUUAUAACACCUCAGCCAGCUCUUGACAUUAUCAAGUUUGUCGCCAUGCUGUAAAAUGGUACCUCGCCUUGAAAUAAACCAAAACAUUAAUGAUAUAUACAAAACUUUAUAGGCACUUUGUGGAGUCAUUAACUUGUCCCAUUUGCCUUGUUUUGUUUACCGUAACUUGUCAAGUCC